UCCACUUCGAUGCUAUUCUGCUCGGUCCCUUGAGAGAUCGAUUGGCUCUUACAAAACGCGUAUUCGAUCCACUGUUCAUCCCGGUGUUAACGCUGGAAACAUAUUAGAAACGAGAGCCAUUUUCAAGUUCCUUAAGAUAGCCAACAUCUUUGAUUUCUUUGCUCUGACGGCCACCAUUGACAAAGAGACCAAUUUUGUACAGCACCCUUCCAAUGAUCCUUUGCUUCCGCAACUCCGGUCUCCUUUCCUCAAUUGUCCAUACAGUUCGAUGGUCGUAGGAGAUCUUUUGGAACACGGUAGAUCAAGUUCUUCAUUUGAUAAUCGAUAUCGAAUCAUGCCAUGGAUUUUUGCCUUGAUGAAUUGCCUGGCUCGCGUAACAGGGAUCCGACAAACAACAAUUUCGGCAUUUCACCUGAAUCAGCAACUGGUGAUAUCGAGCAAAUUGUUCAGCAAUAACCAUGUCUACGUAUCAGACUUGUAUAAAUCAAAAAAUAGGUCAAGCACUCGUGGUGGUGACUUCGUUAUGUUCGAAGCUGUGCAUAAGAGCGGCUCAUCCUAUCGAGUCACAAACAGGUAUGUUUGGGGUGAAGGCUCCCAUUAUGUUUAUCGCGAGCUGACAAAAACUAACGGUGUGUCUCCUUUGUCGAAGUCGAUUCCUAGGGUACAGAUGUUUGAUCGUGGUCAAGAAAAGUUUGUUGUCUUCGAUGCCAGAGACAUUGUGUCCUCCAUUGGGUUGUUGAAUUCUGCGGACGGUUCUUCGUACAAGUAUGUCAUCAGAACUGGAGAUGCUUUUAAACCCGAUAUGAAAACAACCGCAGGGAAAAUAAGUGCGCUAGAAUAA